AUGUGUUUUGUUUGCCCAUAUCGUUUCACCAGAUUUCAAGAAUUAGAUCUCAAUCUCGCCGGCAUGGCUCUGAACAAGCAGAGCCCGUCGCCCUUCGAGAGCAAAUGGCUAUUCCUCUUGGAAACUUCUUUAGAAGGUCUGUUACAUUCUCGUUCUUCGGCGCUUCAAUCUCGGUGGGCCAAAAGAACUGGAGGUGGGUUCAACCGAAAGGCCAUCGUUCGGCUGGCCGGCCUUCUACUCGUUGUCUACGUGUCUAAUCGGCUUCAAUCACAUUCCGUCGUCUCUGACAUCUGCCUCCAAACUGUUCCAACUGGAAUGUUCAAUCUCAUGGGCAACAAAGGAUCGGUGGGAGUGCGUUUGACUGUCUACAACCAUUCCAUUUGUCUUCUCAACUGCCACUUGGCUGCUGGGACUGCGAAUUGUGAGAGGAGGAACCAGGACUACGGAGAAAUUGCGAGGAAAAUGAUCUUCGAAAGGCGCUUGCCUAAUGAACCACCUCAGUAUGUUCGGAUAAAUGACCACGACCAAGUGUUCCUCUUCGGCGAUCUCAACUAUCGAGUAGCAGGAUUAGAAUUGGCGGAAAAUCUGGCCGCCAUAUCUCGUAGGGAUUACUCUCUUCUCUUGAAGUUUGAUGAGUUACUGACCCAGCAGUCACUUGGUCAAACUCUUCAAGGUUAUCGCGAAGGUAAUAUUGGAUUUGCGCCAACGUACAAAUUUGACCUCACGUCAAAUUCGUAUUCUACCGUAGAUGGACGAGUGCCAUCAUACUGUGAUCGAAUUCUUUGGAAAGGAAAAUAUGUGGAGCAGAUUAGCUACCGAUCUCAUGAGGUCUUUCGACUAAGCGAUCACAAACCUGUUUCCGCCUACUUUAAGAUUGGCGCACGAUGUGUCAAUCCAAGACUCUUCACACGGGCUUAUGAGGCUGGAAUUCGAUGUCAAGAUCUCUACUACAAUAUGCUUCUGCCUCAGGCAACCCUUAGCACUCAGGAAGUUGAUUUUGGACCUGUGCUUUUUGAGGACAUUCGACAGGCAACCAUCAGCCUUACUAACACGGGUCAUGCUAGUCUAGAGUUCACAUUCUCCCAAGAAGGUGCAGCCGCAUUUCCGCCUUGGUUACACGUCUCUCCACCGAAAGCAAAAGUUGAGAGAGGUGAAACGUCUGCUUAUAUCAAUUUCAGAAACGCUCAAUUCCGAUCUCUUCUUAUCAAUGUGUAUUUAUUCGCUACAGGUGAAUCUUGUGAAAUUCAGGUAGACGUUUGCGUUAGUCCUGACGUGGUAUCUUCAGUUCAAAGUGGUGCUGUUCCACUCUCUUGUAUCAUCGUCCUAACACUUGUCGGAGGAAAAGAUUUCUUUGUUUCAAUCACUGGAAGAUUUGUUCCAACAUCCUUUGGAUUACCCCUCACCCUUCUUCUUAAACUUCCUACCUCACCCGUAGCCUUAAUAAAUCCAGAGAAACUUACGCAGAUGGUUCGUGAAUCUCGAAUGGGAAAUUGGAAUGAAGGCGAACCGAGCGUUUUAUCCAAUUCAAGUAAAUCCGCCUUUACUGUACCGAAGGAGAUUUACCGAUUAGCUGAUUUCAUUAUCGCACGAGUUGAAGAGCCAGAGCUUUUCCGGCAACCCGAACAACGUUCAGACCUAGCUGUAAUUAGAGACACAUUGGAUACAACAAAACAUGAUGUCACCAUCCCUCCCUCCGUUAGCGUACAUUCUGUGAUCUACAGCCUGCUUGUUUUCCUCAGUGCUUUACCUGAACCAGUUAUUCCAUUCGCAUUUCAAGGCCAGUGUCUCGCAGCAGCACGCCAGUUGAGUGCAUCGAUGGCUCCUACUGCGGGAGCAAGCAACGGCAACGUGAUGGCUGUCUAUCAAGCCAUUGCUCGGUUGCCGAUUGACCACCAAAACCUCUUCUUUUACCUCGUAUCUUUUAUCAAACGUUGUCUCACUUUUAGCUCUACAAACGGAACGAAUGUCGACAUGCUAGCGUCCACUUUUGCUGAUUUGAUGCUUCGAGAACCACCGUACAUUUCCGCAUCACCUAAAUCCCAACCUUUGCAUCAGGAUGCUCAAACACGACGGAGUCAGCAACAGUUAGCUCAAGCUCGACAGGAACUGAAAACUCUCUUCUUAAAAACCUUCAUCACCAGUGACACAGAGGAAGUUAUCCGACGACUGAAGCAAAUUUAA